ACAGGGUCGCUGAGACCAGUGCACGAGCCUCUUCGGAGGAUGCAUCCUGGACUCUUGGCCGCAGAGGAGGAAGCGGUUGGGGUCUCCCAAGGACUCUUUCCAAAGGGUCAGUCCAGCACGGUAGGGGUUAACGUGGGUCGGCGCGUAAAGGGAAGGAAAGAAGUUGGAGUUGACACUUCAAGGGGGAGGGUGGUGGACGGGUCUCGCUGCCUGAUUGGUUUUGCAUUUCAUCCCAAUUUUUUUUUUCUCCGCUCUCUCCCUCUUUUCAGUUUCUCUCUCUGAUCCCAGGGGAGGGGAAACGGGAAUAGUGAGAGAUCAAAAAUAAACCUCUUAUGUCAAGCCGGGAAGGAAGUAUAAAUAAGAAGGGCUCGGCAGCCCACUCGGUGCUUCCCGGGGCGGGGAGGAGGCAGGAGGCGGCUGCGCGGGGCUGGCGCGGGCAGGGGCGGAGGACGGGCGCACGCGGGCCGGGGCCAGCUGCUCGCGCUGGGCUCGGGGGCGGCGGCUCCGGAGGAGCGGGCUGCGCCAGCCAGAGGGGCCGCCGGGGGAGCGCUCCCGCCGCCGGGCCCUGCGGGCCGAGUCGGCCUUGCAGCUGAUUGAUUCCGCUUUUCCUGGAGAGAGCGGCCGGGCCGCGCUCGGCCAGCCAGCACCUGCCCGCGCCGGGCGGGCUUCUUCCCUCUCCCGCGGGCAGUCACCGCCGCAGCCCCCAUGCUCCCCGCCCCCGCCGGCCCCCGGUGGCCUCCGCUCCUGCUGCUGCUGCUGCUGCCGCUGCCGCUGGCCCGCGGCGCCCCGGCCCGGCCCGCAGCUGGGGGGCAGGCCUCGGAGCUGGUGGUGCCCACGCGGUUGCCCGGCAGCGCGGGCGAGCUCGCGCUCCACCUGUCCGCCUUCGGCAAGGGCUUCGUGCUGCGCCUGGCGCCCGACGACAGCUUCCUGGCGCCCGAGUUCAAGAUCGAGCGCCUCGGGGGCUCGGGCCGGUCUACCGGGGGCGAGCGGGGGCUGCGCGGCUGCUUCUUCUCCGGCACCGUGAAUGGGGAGCCCGAGUCGCUGGCGGCGGUCAGCCUGUGCCGCGGGCUGAGCGGCUCCUUCCUGCUGGACGGCGAGGAGUUCACCAUCCAGCCGCAGGGCGCGGGGGGCUCCCUGGGUCAGCCGCACCGCCUGCAGCGCUGGGGUCCCGCCGGAGCCCGCCCCCUCCCGCGAGGACCCGAGUGGGAGGUGGAGACGGGAGAGGGUCAGAGGCAGGAGAGAGGAGACAACGAGGAGGACAGCGAGGAGGGGAGCCAAGAAGAGGAGGCAGAAGGCGCUAGCGAGCUGCCACCGCCCCUGGGGGCCACGAGUAGGACCAAGCGGUUUGUGUCUGAGGCGCGCUUCGUGGAGACGCUGCUGGUGGCCGAUGCGUCCAUGGCUGCCUUCUACGGGGCCGACCUGCAGAACCACAUCCUCACAUUAAUGUCUGUGGCAGCCCGAAUCUACAAGCACCCCAGCAUCAAGAAUUCCAUCAACCUGAUGGUGGUAAAAGUGCUGAUUGUAGAAGAUGAAAAAUGGGGCCCAGAGGUGUCCGACAACGGGGGGCUUACAUUGCGCAACUUCUGCAACUGGCAGCGGCGUUUCAACCAGCCCAGCGACCGCCACCCGGAGCACUACGACACGGCCAUCCUGCUCACCAGACAGAACUUCUGUGGGCAGGAGGGGCUGUGUGACACCCUGGGUGUGGCAGACAUCGGGACCAUUUGUGACCCCAACAAAAGCUGCUCCGUGAUCGAGGAUGAGGGGCUCCAGGCGGCCCACACCCUGGCCCAUGAACUAGGGCACGUCCUCAGCAUGCCGCACGACGACUCCAAGCCCUGCACGCGGCUCUUCGGGCCCAUGGGCAAGCACCACAUGAUGGCGCCGCUGUUCGUCCACCUGAACCAGACGCUGCCCUGGUCCCCCUGCAGCGCCAUGUACCUCACGGAGCUCCUGGACGGCGGGCACGGAGACUGUCUCCUGGACGCCCCUGCCGCGGCCCUGCCCCUCCCCACAGGCCUCCCGGGCCGCAUGGCCCUGUACCAGCUGGACCAGCAGUGCAGGCAGAUCUUUGGGCCGGAUUUCCACCACUGCCCCAACACUUCUGCUCAGGACGUCUGCGCCCAGCUUUGGUGCCACACUGAUGGGGCUGAGCCCCUGUGCCACACGAAGAAUGGCAGCCUGCCCUGGGCUGACGGCACGCCGUGCGGGCCUGGGCACCUCUGCUCAGAAGGCAGCUGUCUACCUGAGGAGGAAGUGGAGAGGCCCAAGCCCGUGGUAGAUGGAGGCUGGGCACCGUGGGGACCCUGGGGAGAAUGUUCUCGGACCUGUGGAGGAGGAGUACAGUUUUCACACCGUGAGUGCGAGGACCCUGAGCCUCAGAAUGGAGGAAGAUACUGCCUGGGUCGGAGAGCCAAGUACCAGUCAUGCCACACGGAGGAAUGCCCCCCUGACGGGAAAAGCUUCAGGGAACAGCAGUGUGAGAAGUAUAAUGCCUACAAUUACACUGACAUGGAUGGGAAUCUCCUGCAGUGGGUCCCCAAGUAUGCCGGGGUGUCCCCCCGGGACCGCUGCAAGUUGUUCUGCCGAGCCCGGGGGAGGAGUGAGUUCAAAGUGUUCGAGGCCAAGGUGAUUGAUGGCACCCUGUGUGGGCCAGAGACGCUGGCCAUCUGUGUCCGUGGCCAGUGUGUCAAGGCCGGCUGUGACCAUGUGGUGGACUCGCCCCGGAAGCUGGACAAAUGCGGGGUGUGUGGCGGCAAAGGCAACUCCUGCAGGAAGGUCUCCGGGUCCCUCACCCCCACCAGUUAUGGCUACAAUGACAUUGUCACCAUCCCAGCUGGUGCCACUAAUAUUGACGUGAAGCAGCGGAGCCACCCAGGUGUGCAAAACGAUGGGAACUACCUGGCGCUGAAGACGGCUGACGGGCAGUACCUGUUAAAUGGCAACCUGGCCAUCUCUGCCAUAGAGCAGGACAUCUUGGUGAAGGGGACCAUCCUGAAGUACAGUGGCUCCAUCGCCACCCUGGAGCGCCUGCAGAGCUUCCGGCCCUUGCCAGAGCCUCUGACAGUGCAGCUCCUGACAGUCCCUGGCGAGGUCUUCCCCCCGAAGGUCAAAUACACCUUCUUUGUUCCUAAUGACGUGGACUUCAGCAUGCACAGCAGCAAAGAGAGAGCAACCACCAACAUCAUCCAGCCACUGCUCCACGCACAGUGGGUGCUGGGGGACUGGUCUGAGUGCUCCAGCACCUGCGGGCCCGGCUGGCAGCGGCGAACUGUAGAGUGCAGGGACCCCUCCGGCCAGGCCUCUGCCACCUGCAACAAGGCUCUGAAACCCGAGGAUGCCAAGCCCUGUGAAAGCCAGCUGUGCCCCCUGUGAUUCAGGGGGGAAGGUGUCAGUCUCAUGCUCCUAGACUUGGGGUACUGAGGUGCAGACAAGGAUCUCCACUGUGGUGACUCUAUAUAUCAAGGCAGCAUGGCCCACCCAGGCCUCCCAUUGCUGCAGCCCCUCCAGUACUGCACGAAUUCCUAAGGGGGAAGAGGAGAGGGGAUGGGUGACAGACCCUAUCAUCAACUGUCCAGUGGACUGGACCUUGCUCGGGUUCAAGUAGAGGGCAUAGGUUAAAAAGUAAAAGUGCACUUAUUGACUCAGACAGGACACUCAGCGUCAGUCUGUUUGCAAAGGACUAGCAAAGUUAAAUGAAAAAAAAAAAAAUUCUAUCUGGUUUCCCCGAUAAAUAAUCUACCUCAGAGGGGAAACCAUUAGUACAAGAGAGGCGUGGGGCAGGGAGUCAAUGGUGAAUGUCAAAGCAGGCUCCAAAGCUGCACCCCAGGCUGUCUUCAAGAAUGACCACGACUGUCUUCAGUGUUAAAAUCCAUCACCUAAAGGGCCGCAGCGUCACAGGGUUGUGGAGAGCCACAUGUUCUCAGGCUGCCACCUGCAGGAGUGGAUCCAUUUCAAGUAUUUAUGCAAAUGUGUCUCUGAACUAAAGUGUGAUCUUAUGCCAA